AUUAAUUUACAAAACCCAGCACUCUAGAGAGAGAAACCACCGUAUAUUAAGCUGCUUCUUCGGAUUCCUUGUUUAAACUAUUGCAGCUUGCUCUACAAAAGCGGAUACUGUUUCGCUGUGAUUACGUUGAUUGUUUGGAUGGCGGUUUGAAGGCUGAAGCGCUGCAGCUGGCUGCAUUGUGUAUUUGAUUGGGGGUUUCUAGGUUAUUUUUAGUUGGAGAGAGGAGAGGUGCGUGUAUUGGUUGAGUUAUGGCGAAUUGGAGCUCGGUUUCUCAGCGGCAGCAGCAUGUUUCUUCAGGGGUUUCUGUGAAGGAUUCGUUGUAUGAGGAGCUAUGGAGAGGUUGUGCGGGGCCUUUGGUGGAUGUUCCCAAAGCUGGAGAAAGAGUUUACUAUUUCCCACAAGGUCACAUGGAGCAGUUGGAGGCAUCUACGAAUCAGGAAUUGAAUCAGAGGAUACCGAUGUUCAAUUUGCCUCCGAAGAUCCUUUGCAAAGUUUUCAACGUUCAGCUACUGGCUGAAAAGGAUACGGAUGAAGUUUAUGCACAAAUUACUUUGAUGCCAGAAUCAGAUCAAAGCGAGCCAAGAAGUCCGGAUAGUCCUAUUGAUGAGACUCCUAGACCUGCAGUUCAUUCGUUCUGCAAAGUUUUGACUGCUUCUGAUACCAGCACACAUGGUGGAUUUUCUGUCCUUCGUAAACACGCAAAUGAGUGUCUUCCCCCAUUGGAUAUGAGCCAACAGAUUCCGACACAGGAAUUGAUUGCUAAGGAUCUACAUGGAAAUGAAUGGCAAUUCAAGCAUAUAUUUAGAGGUCAACCUAGGAGGCAUUUGCUAACUACAGGAUGGAGUACGUUUGUCACUUCUAAGCGUAUAGUUGCUGGUGACUCUUUUGUAUUUCUAAGGGGAGAGAAUGGGGAUUUGCGUGUUGGGGUCAGGCGCCAUGCUCGUCAACAGAUUUCUAUACCCUCUUCAGUGAUAUCAAGUCAGAGCAUGCACCUGGGAGUGCUUGCAACAGCAUCUCAUGCUGUCAUGACUCAGACCAUCUUUGUUGUUUAUUACAAGCCAAGGACUAGUCAGUUCAUAGUUGGCCUGAACAAAUAUCUAGAAUCCAUUAAUCAUGACUUUGGAGUCGGCAUGAGAUUCAAGAUGCGUUUUGAGGGAGAUGAUUCUCCUGAGAGAAGGUUCUCAGGUACGAUUGUUGGGGUUGAAGAUAUCUCGCCUCACUGGAAUGAUUCGAAAUGGAGAACAUUGAAGGUUCAAUGGGAUGAACCGGCAUCCAUCUCAAGACCAGAAAGGGUUUCUCCAUGGGAGAUAGAUCCAUUUGUUGCAUCAAUUCCACCAACUCUAGUUCAGCCACCUACCAUGAAGAAUAAACGGCUUCGACCACAUAUUGAAAUUGCUGUUCCUGAAACUAUAACUUCAAUUGCAUCACCUACAUGGAACCUUUGUCAUGAUGCCCAUCAAAUAAAUCACAGUUUUGAAGGACAAAGAAGCAGCUAUAUCAGUAAUUCACAUACUAAACAAACAGAUGCUAGCACCACACCUAUGAAACACAGCAAUGAUGGUGCAUCAACCACUCGUAUGGAUGGAGGGUGGCAACCUCCCCUUCAUGUGCAUGCUGAAGAAACUGAAGAGAGUAAAAGUGCUUCGGCUUGGUCGGUUAUUUCAAACCAUUCAGCUCCAAACUCAGGAAGUCAGUUUAAUACCCUUGCUACUGCAUGUACUGAUGUAAGGAAACCAGAUGCUCAGCAAUCUUGCAGGUUGUUUGGGUUCAAUUUGAAAAGACCAUCAAUAGCUCCUUCAAGAUUAGCUGAUAUACCAAACGAUAGUAGUGAAGUGCACAUCCCGAGUGCUCUAUCCUCAGCUGAUUCAGAACAGAAAUCUAGUGUUUCAAAGGAGUUUAAAGAUUUAAGGCAAGAUCAGUUGCAAGUACCAACAAAGGAGAUCCAGAGCAGACAGAGCAACUCCUCCAGAAGCCGCACCAAGGUACAAAUGCAAGGGGUGGCGGUUGGUCGAGCAGUGGAUUUGACAACUUUGAAGGGAUAUGAGAAUCUUAUUACAGAGUUGGAAGAAAUGUUUGAGAUUAAGGGGGAGCUGCAGUCACGAAAUAAAUGGGAAAUUGUGUUUACGGAUGAUGAAGGGGACAUGAUGCUUGUGGGCGAUGAUCCAUGGCCAGAAUUCUGCAACAUGGUUAGGAGAAUUUUCAUCUGUUCUAGCCAGGAUGUCAAGAAAAUGAAAGGAGACAAGCUCCCUGUAUCCACAACAGAAACUGAAACAACUGGUUUCGUCUUUGAAAAUAUUGGAGAUUAAGAUCAACUCCCCUACCACUUCUUUUGACAUGGCUGCAUUUGAAGUUCUUCUAUCGUAGAAUCUCAAUGUGGACAGCUCAGGUAACGGAGUAAUUGUUUGGUUGCUGGAACGAACGGGUUGGUUUGUUGUUUGCAGCAACCGGGGGAUGGCAGAAUCCAGCUAAAAUUGAUGUAGCGAAUAUUUCGACUCAUUUGAGGUAUGACGAGACUGAGUGACAACUAAUCAAUGGAGUAGAAGUAGAAUCUGUGAAUAGUAGUGUGUGUUUGUGGUGAAUUUGGAUGAGGAGAAGCCAUUCUCAACCUACUCUGUAAAUACUAGUAGUAGUAUUUGUGAUUGGCAUCUUUAAAAAUUGAAGCUUCUUUUUUCUCUGUUUAGUGUCAAACUCGGACUAAUUAAUGCUUCUUUAUUCA